GCCGUAGCGGAUAGUGAAGAUGGCGGACGGGGAGGGAGAAAAAGAGCAGAACAAGAAAGAACGGCCCUGUAUAAUCAAAACGGAGACGUCGUUUUCUCUGGACAACUUCCACCUGACCCUUAACGAGCUGGAGAGCGAGCUUCGGCGGCAGGGACUGUCGGAAUUUUCGUCCAACGAGUACUGCAACCGCUUCUGUCAGGCACUUGUACAGUAUGCAGGUAGUCGCAACACACAGGAACAUGGUGCUGCUUUGUUGGAAGUCUAUCGGAUAUCCAUCGAGAGAUUUGCAGUUGCAAGACCAUAUCUUACCACAGACUGUGAGAAUGUGUUGUUGGUGGUCAAAAGGCUAGCCCUGAGCUGUUUUGAGCUGCUGCUUUCUCUACCUGACACUGAACUCACACGUGAAUGUUGGCUGUGCCUUCAUCAGUCACUACAGAAAGCGCAUGCAACAUUAGCAGAGUAUGGCAACAAUGACUUGCUGGCACUAUUGGAAAUUACGGGUGCAGGUGGCUCUUGGAACAAUUCUGUUCUUGUAAGAAUUCUGGCCCAGAUGCCUUACGAGCAAGAGGAAGCAAAUGCAUGGAUUUCUCAAGAAGGUCCUUCAUUUUUGGAGUUAAGAGUUAAACACCUGAUUAAGAUAGGCACCAUACCUCAGGCCGUUCUGCUGGCUAAACUCUGUUCAGAAAGUGACUUUAUCCCACAGAAGAGCAUGUUUCGCCAGACUUACAUCUCCCUUCUCUGCAGCAUGCUGCCCAGUGAAGACGUUAUCAGUGAGAUAUCGAGCAUAGAUUGUAAAGAGGUACUGGAUAUUAUUUGCAACCUGGAGGCAGAAGGUCAAGAGAAUACUGCGUUUGUACUUUGCACCACUUAUCUCACUCAACAGUUACAGAAAGAAAGCAUUUGCUUUUCAUGGGAGCUAACUCUUUUCUGGAGCAAGCUGCAAAGAAGAAUAGAUUCUUCCUUGGAUUCGUUUUUGGAACGCUGUCGUCAGUUUGGUUCCAUAGCAAAGACUGCAUAUCACUUGCUUUUCUUAGUCAAAGUAAUCCAGUCUGAGGCUGAAGAAUUGGGAUUAGCAGUAUCGAUUGAGCUUUGUGUCAGAGCUUUCCAAAUCCCUUCCCAGGAUGAUGCAGAGACUAGAAGCUCUCUUUGUAAAAUUGUAGCCUGUCUACUGUCUGAAGAUUUGGAAGUUCGUAGGGUCUGCCAGCUAACACAGUUCCUGCUUGGUCCUACACAAGAGGCUUAUGACUUACUGCAAGAACUAUACCUGAAGCCAGACCAAAAAUAUGAUGAAGAAAAUUGCAUAAUACCCAACUCAUUACGUUGCGAGUUACUUCUGGCUCUUAAAGCCCUCUGGCCAUUUGACCCUGAAUUCUGGGACUGGAAAACUCUAAAGCGGCAUUGUCAAAAGCUUCUGGGCGUGGAUCCAUCAGAUGAAUCGGAGCCUGAAGAACCAAGUGAAACAGAGCACCAUCUGCUCUCUGGUUCAAAUACACAUGUUGAUGUAAGCCAUUCGGGGGAGAGCUUUCUUUCAGAUCAGCAGCAGCAGUUGGAUUAUUAUGAAGAGGGAAGAGUAGAAAAACAGCAGCAGCAACAACAGCAGCAGCAGCAGCAGAAGAAAGAUGACUUGGCACUGAAAAAGAAGAAACCAGUUGGGACCUCUGAACGCUACCAGAGAUGGCUACAGUACAAAUUUUUGUGUGUUAUUUGCAGCAGGGAAGUUAUUGAAGCACGAAUAUUGCAUCAUUCCAAGAUGCACAUGGUGGAUGGUAUUUUUACAUGCCCAGUUUGUCUUCAGAAGUUUGAAGGCAAGCAGGCAUUCAUGCCACACCUUGCAGAACACAUUCGUAUGCCGUCCAGAAAAAAUCACCGGCCUCAGAAGAAAAAAAAGAAAAAGAAGAUUGUAAAGAAGCUGGAUGAUGACGAUGACGACGAUCUGGAUUUAGAAGAUGGUAAUCUAGAGCCAGGGGAUGUAAGACUGGAUCCUAACGCACCAGAGAACUGCCAGAAUACACUUGGCUUAGAUCCUGUACUGCAGACACUUACACCCAGAAAGCUAGACGAGAGUGACCACAUUACGUUCAGUUAUAUUGACGCCAAUUUUGAACUGAGGGACAGAGACAUUUAUCCUUGCCCUGCCACGGACUGUGUUCGCAUCUUUAAGCACUUCAAAUAUUUAAGCAUACACAUAAAGUCAGAACAUUCAGAGACUGAUGAGAACAUAAAACAUUAUAUGGAAAUGAAGGACCGUAGGCAGAAGUGUACUUUUUGCCGCAGGCAUUUCCUUACACCUUUUCACCACAGACAACACCGGCGCGUGCAUUAUGGACCUCAGCCAUACAUGUGUGUGGCAGUGGACUGUGAUGCACGCUUCAGUAGCACAAAUGAACUUGUCUCCCAUAAACAGUCACAUGGCUAUCAGCUAAGUUAUCAGUGUGAGCUGAAAGGCUGCAGUCUUAAAUUUAGUGAUCUUGGCCAACUUUACCACCAUGAAGCCCAGCACUUUAGAGAUGCUGCCUAUAACUGCAUGCAUCCCGGCUGCAAGAAAUUCUAUUUUUCCAAAAAGGAGUUUGCAAAGCACUUGUCCACUCAUGGCAUCAGUUUUACAGAUGAAGAUUUAGUUGCUGCCAGUAAAAACAAGCCAGCGCUUUUUGGACUAGUUGGUGAUUUCCCAGAGGUUGGUGCUGAAGGUAAGUCAGUGGAAAUCACGGCUCCUCAACCUGAAUCUGUUAAUGGACCAAAAUCGAUUCUUGAGGAGCUUAUAAAUGGCAUCAAAAAGGAAUCCACUGAAAUCUCACAGUUGGCUAACAGCCCUUCUUCACAGACUUCCUCAACUGGUAGUAACCUUACAGGAACACUUACAAGUGUGGCAGUUUGCUUUGACGGCAAAACAUUUACGUGUGGCUUUGAGGGUUGUGGUUUAACAUUCGCAGUAGCAAAAGACAUUCAAAAGCAUUUAAAACUUGCCCAUCCUUUGCAGUUCCGAAAGAAAGGGGAGAGUUCAAAGAACUUGUGCAGGGGAAAGAUUGCUGCUAGGAGAGUCCAACACAUGAAACCACCAAUUAUUAACCAACAGACCCUUGGUGGUCAGUCCAGUUCUUUGCCAUCUAAUGUAUCAGGCCAAGUGACUUCAUUCUCCCCUCAGAUGAACUCUGUUAAUCCCCUGUCUCCACAUCCAAGUACCAGUAAUGAGGAGUCCUUAAUGGAAAUUCUUAUUGCUCUUAGCCGACUUAGCUUGAACACCUCAAAUGCUGCUUCCACAUCUGUUCUGACAUCUCUUCCUUUCUCAGGGUCUAAUGUACAAGUUUCUUCACCUUUCUUUACUGGUGCUAGUUCCCCUGCCAAAGUAAUAGACAGAAAAACUCUUUUUAAAUCUCAUCGUAGCAACAAACCCCAGCAGCUAAGGGUCCCAGCAGUGGACGGAGGCUUAGUGUCACCCUCUUCUUUUCUCUCUCAAUUGCCUGAAGAAGAGCACAAACAACUUUCUCAGUUCUUGGUGCAACCAAACACCAAGCCAUACUUCUGUGAACUCAAAGACUGUAAGUUUAGGAGUGUGACUCGGUCGGCCCUUUUGGUGCAUUAUUUGAAGAAACACAACUUGCCUAAGGAAAAAGUGGUAGGAAUGAAAAUGUUUCAUAGCAAAUUCAGGCCUUUUAAAUGCCAUCUCUGCCCGAGGUGUUUCACCAGGAAGUCUCAACUGAGAGUGCACCUGAUGGACAAGCAUGAUUUAAGCAAGUCACUUGUUGCUCAGAUGAGUUGUUCAGAGAAAAGGAGGGCACGGGAAGAACCUAACAUGGUCGGAAAGCCAUCUGGUUGUCUUGACCUUCAGGGGAAUGCUACAGGAAAGACUGAGCAGCAACCGCCUGCAAGUGUUCAAAGUCAGGGUUCUGUCAGUAAUAAUCGGUGGCCAUGGAUAACGAAAAGCGAGUGGGAUAAUAGUAUUCAGGGAGAGGAUGAGGAGGAGGAUGAGGAAGAUGACGAGGAAGAUGAUGGAGAGGCUGAGGAGGAUGACGACGAGACUGAUGGUACUGGAAAACCAUCUAUUUCUGAAGACAAUGGAGAAGAAUCCCAUGAAGGCAGGGGAAGUCGGCGCCUGGUUGCCAAAAGCAAUCUCUGUUACAUUUUGACAAAGUACCACAAACCCUUUCAUUGUGUACACAAAGACUGUAGUUCUGCCUUUACGAAUCAGAAUGGACUUAUCCGACACCUCCAGUCAGUGCAUCGCUAUAACCGAAAUCAGCUCUCCUUGGAGGAGGACCUUCAGCAAAUUGAAGGAAACAAAAAGGAUUUGGCAAAACACAAAGGCAGACCCUGCAAGCAUAAGGCAUGUGAUAAACGUUUUCAUACUGAUGAAUCAUUGUCAGCAGAAAAUCUACAACUGCAGAAUCUGGACCAAGAUUUACCAGCCCUUAAAGCCCCUGGACUGCAGACCCCUGCCUCUGAGGAACCAAUACCUCAGUUUAGUUGCAGCUACACUAACUGCUCUGCCAGUUAUCAUCUUUAUAGUAGUUUGCUUCGCCAUAUUCGUCUCUUUCAUAAAGGCCAGUUCACCAAGCCGAAUGACCCUCGUAGCCAUCAUCGGUGUACUUUUGAUGGUUGUGCACGUGUCUUCUCCAAUGCAGAUAAUUUGAAACAGCAUAUAUUUUUCCGACACUGGGAACAUUAUGAUUCCUUUGUAUUUGGACUGAAGAAUAAGAAGGAGUCAAAUGAGAAGAAUAAUGUUCAGAACUUUCAGAAAAAGCCUCCCGAAAUUGGUGUCCCACAAACUAGGACCCCUAAAGGUGAGACACAUUCUAAGCAGUCAGUGAUACAAAUGCCCAAGGUCCGGACUUCCUCACUAGUCAUGGCAUCCAGAAGAAUCAAACGAAGACGAAAGGAAACCUUACUCUUUAGGACUCCUGAGGAAGCUUUGCAGAUGUGCCAGGACAGGUGUUUUUCAGUGGCUUUUCCAUGUAUGGUGCAAGACUGUGAGUCAGUUGUUACACUGGAGAGCAGCCUUAUUCGACACUAUAAGCGCUGCCAUGAUAUGCUGCCUAGCUACAUUGCAGGAAAAUAUAAAGAUCUUGUCAAUAAUGCAGAAAAGCUAGAGGAGAUAAUUCAGAAUAAAUCGGCUGCGUCUGCUGUUUCCUCUAAUGAAGUGUGUACAUCAGCACUUGCUGAUGGGAAAGAUGAGCAGAAAACCCUAGAAACGAGUCCUUUAGGCCCAGAAUUGCAAAUCUGCUUGUCACCCAUUAAACCCAAGCCUGACGAAGAGGUGGAUCACUUGGAUUUUGAAGGGGAUGUCCCCAGCAAUAAACUUCUCAUAGAUGCUGAUGCCUUGCUGUAUGGGGAGGUGGUAAAAAAUGGCUGCAUGAGUGAACAAGUGAAUAGGAAUGUUCAUGAACCUGAUAAAUCUAAACCUGACCCACUCAGCUCAACCCCUUCCCCGCUGUUUUACAAAAAAGAUGAAGGCUUUGUGGAUUUCGCCAACACGGGAACAGUUUCUUUCUCCACACCCUCUAGGCCUCCAUUAAAGAGAAAGAAUGAGCAGGAAGACCCAAAUUUUAGCCCUUCAAUAGAAAACCAGCAAUGCCAUCUUAGUAAUAAUCGUGGUUCCCAGCCAAAAACCUUUGAUUUGAAAGCCUACAAGCCUAUGGGGUUUGAGUCCUCAUUCCUCAAGUUCAUUCAAGAAAGUAACGACAAAGACGAGGACUAUGAGGAGACUAGUCAAUGGGACCCAUGCCUUUCAGAUGCCCAGCUAGUUACGAAACGAAAAGAUUCUUACCGCCGCGCCUGUUCUGUCAAAGAGAACAACCAGACAGGCAUGGGCCUCACACGUGGUAAAACUGCAUCUCUAGUGCAUGGCAAAUUGACAGAUUUUCAGCCCAUGCUUUCUGCUGAGGAGUCUGCUACAGUGCAGAACCUGAAGUCUAUCCUGGACAAAGCACUGACAGACUGUGGAGACCUAGCUCUCAAACAGCUUCAUUAUUUAAAACCUGUGGUGGUUCUUGAGCGGCCUAAAUUCCCCAAAUCCUUAUUAGAUCUGUUACCAACAAAAAAAACUAAUGAGUUUUGUGUGGGCAGUUCAUGAAGUCAAAGUAUUUGUGUGGUAGGGAAUUCUAUUUUCUGGACUGGGGGUGGGUGGGGGUGGAGGAGGGCGGACUCGAUUUUUGCGGAAGACGGGGAUCAGGUUCCAGAAAACAACUGUUUAUAAAUAAAGACUUGAUUCCAGUAUUUUUUUUAAUAAAACUAUGAAAAAAUUGCCAAACUGUAAACAAAUACCUUAAAUAAAUAGCAGGUAUUGGUUUCUAAAACCUAUAUUGCUGUGAUUUGUAGAAAGUAAAAUUUCAGUUUGGUUUUGUAAACCAUGGU